CAUCGUGACAGCCAGCGAUUUGGGGUCCUCUUCGGAGUGAAUGGAAGCUAAUCUGAAGCUAAUAGACAACACAGCUAAAAACAAUCACUUUCUCCACGUCAGUUUGGGAGAUGGAUGGUUAUCCUGGAGUCAUUGGUGGGGAUCCGACAAAACAUCAAGAAAGACAUUACUACCUGUUAUCUGAGCUGCAAACCUUAGUCAAAGAUUUACCAAGCUCCUUCCAGCAGCGCCUGUCUUACAACACGCUGGGUGACCUAGCCCUGGCACUCAUAGAUGGGACGGUCUAUGAGAUUGUGCAGGGGCUCCUGGAUAUUCAGCAUCUCACAGAGAAAAAUCUCUACAACCAGAGGCAAAAGCUGCACUGUGAACACCAAGCACUCAAACAAGAACUUGUACGAAAAAACAAAGACGCGCUACAGUCAUGCAAGUCUCACAACCUUGCACUUCUCAAAACUACCCAACAAGCAGAGCUAGAGGCUUUGGAAAUUCGUGUGCGAGAGGAACAAAGGAUGAUGGAUAAGAAGAUUGUUGGAGAAAUGGAUCAAAAAGUGAUAGACCAGCAGAACACCUUGGAGAAAGCAGGAGUCCCUGGAUUUUAUAUCACCACCAAUCCUCAGGAGCUGACGAUGCAGAUGAACCUACUUGAAUUGAUCCUGAAGCUUCAACAGAAGGAGUCACAAUCUGGGAUUUGAGAAUGAGGCCUUAUUGAACAAAAAGGGGGGGAUCAUGCACUGACCACAGUGCAUAUGGUAAAACAUAUGAGGAACUAUGUGAUUCUACAUGUGUGGUGGCAUUGUUCUCUAUAAUAACAUGUUUAUCACGUGUUGUUAGAAGAGUAAUAUUCACCUUUAAAGCAUGGAGGGGAAGGCUGGUUCUCCUGCGUACAAGUAAGGUGUUUGUCCCGGAGGAGAGCAGCAGCAGGUUAUGACAGCAUAGAUUGUCAAGCACUGAAAUGCUGUGUCACACAUUGGGAAAUUAGUAAAUUGAUGUGUUGGAAAUCCUUUACACACACAGAGAGAGAUAUACAUACUUAAGUUAAGUAUUAAGGGUGCAGGCUCUGCUGAAAAUGAAAUAGUACAGGGUCAUGUUGACACAGGUGGUUCUACCUGUGAUUAAUGUUGUGGCCUUCCUGCAGUGAGAUGGUCUUAAAGGACCUUCUGGUGCCUUUGACUGAAGUGUUGGUUUCAGUGUUUUGAUUAUGUUUUUAACACUUUAUUGUUUAUUUAUUUAUUUAGACAUGAAGGACAUUUUAUAACAGUAUUUCCUAUUUUUUCCCCAUAAGUUCCCCACUGAUGCUACUUUUUUGUAUAUGAGUUUAUAUUUGUUUAUAUUGAUAUUUUUAAAAUAUCAGUUUAUGUUUACUGUCCUACAUAAAUGAACAAAUUGGCAACAAUGAACAAUUGAAUUAAUUAUAUAAUAUACAGAUGAACAUGACCAGUAUGGAUGGUAGCAUAUGAUAGCAUCUGUUGAUUUUGCAUUUCAUGCAUAUUUUGUUUCAUAAAACAAAGUUCUCUCAAAA